AUGCUCGCCCACAUAUUCCCUCGCCUCGACUGCGAACCCUCUCGCUGGCUUCAACCUGCCUCUCCCCCACCUCCUCGACCUGCCCAUGCCGUUCUCACGAAAGCCGACCUGGGGCAAUCUCAGGAGGCCUAUUCCGCCCUUAUCGCGACAGCAAAGUCCUAUCGGAUCGCCCUCGCCACCCUCUCCUCCGCCGCCUCCGCCUUUGGAUCCGCCCUCGAAUCGUGCGCGCGGUUAAAAGAGGCUCGCUCCGACGCCAUCGGCCCCGCCGCGGCAGCUUCGCUGAGCACCAGCUUCACGGCCAAGGGAACCUGCACGGCGGAUCUGCUCAUCGGCGCCUCGGGCGUGCAUCACCUCAUCGCGAAUCACCACCAGAUCCUGAGCGAAACUGUCUACCGCAACUUCGAGGUGCCCUUGCUUCACGAGCUAGAUAAGUGGCAGAACGAUGUCGACGACGAGGAAGAGAGCUACCAGAGGGCCGUCAAGACGCAGAGCAAGGAGAUACGCAAGCUGGAGAAGGACGGGUUAAAGCUCCACAAGCAGAAGCGCCGCGAUGUAGCCAAGUUUAGGGCCCACCUGGUCCAACUAACCACCAAGCUUGAUGGCCUAACUAGUCUACACGCCGACCACUCUCUCACCCUCCUGCGUGAUAGCCAAGAGACCAGCAACAAAAUCUUGGAUGCGUCCUGUAGCCUUGUUCGCGCCGAGGUUGACAUCUUUGAGUCCCUCGCCCGUAAGGGUUGGACUGGUGGCGGUCUCGACGACCUCCUUGAAAAGGGUACUGACCUGUUUGCCCCCGACGAGCUUCCCGCUCAGGGAAAUCCGGGAGGCGAGGGCUCCAAGCUUUUCAGCAUCCUUCCGCCUAAGAGCAUCCUUGCCGACUCCGGCUCAGAUUCCGGCCGCGCUAAUAGUCAUCGCUCGGAUGCCCUGGGAGACGGUGAGCGCUACCAGAGCCUGGCUGGCGUUGCUAGUACGGAAGGUGGUGGCCCUCCUCCUCCCCGGCCAUCUGACUCUGACAGCAUCUUUUCCGACUUCAACCGUUCCAGGGGUGUGCGGCCCUUUUCCCCUCAACCGAUAAGGAGAACUACGACGGGCGUGACCUUUGAUAGCCUCUGCGCCGGCGAUCCCUCGGGCAUGCUCAGCCCCAAUGAAGAUGACGAGAAUGGCGACGGCGAUGGCGACAGCGACGCAGAUGGGGCUGCUCGUCAGUCCGAGUUUCGGCUGCCCACCGUCGAGACGGACUUACCCUGCGUUGACGAAAGCGAUGAGCACCACCCUUGGAGGGACGAGCGAGGCGCCUCCUCCCGCGACGAAAGCUCGGUGGACAAAAGCUCGCCCGAGGAUGAUGAUCGUGGAAGGAGUUGGACAGAUGUCCGUGAUGAGACCAAGUAG